AAUCCCGUCCACCGACUGACAGUGUGAGUAUUAUUCAGUGUGCUAUAAUAUAGGUGUAGAAUUUGGAUAACUAUUCGAGAACUAAUAUAUAAAGGAUGGGAAAAGGACAGGGCGGUGGGUCUAAUGUGUUCCACUUUUAGGGAGAAUGGCUUCCUUCUGAGUUGUAAAAUGCUAUGAUUUUAUGUUAAUGCUUAAAAUAUUAUCUUUUAAUCAUUGUAACUGUAUGUUACAAUGAUUGUGUAUUUCUGUGCAAAAUAUUUGCAGCUCAAUGCUGAUAAAAUCAACAUUGUUUUCUUCAUUUAAGGUGUGGAUGAAAGAGUCUGGAGCAUCCAAGCGAUUUGAUUUAUGGAAAACAUGGAUUCCAAACGGCAGCAGGAGGAGAGUAUUGAGAAGCAGUCCAAAUCGCCCUUUGAUCUUUUCCUGAAGCAGAUCUGGAGAAAGACAUCCUUUGCUGAGAGAGGGUCACACCCAUCAGUAUCACGUUUCUUUGGCUUUUCUAACACUACAUCAGAGAAAUCCAAUGAAACAGAGAAUGUCCCAGAAAGAGUUGAAAAAGAAGAAGAGGGAGAAAUAGUACCUGAUUUAGAAAAUAAUAUUUCAAAGACACCAGGUGCAAUUGAUUCUACAGAUCAUGAAGACAACAAUGCAGCUGGUUGGGCCCAGGUUAAAGAAUUCACUGAGAAGCCGGGGAAAAAGGCACAAUAUAGAUUCCUGAACCUCAAUAACAGCUGGCUGACUUCUAAUGAGAUUGUUGAAUUGGCCACAAUAUUCCCUUGCCUUCCAGCACUGGAGGAGUUGGACCUGUCUUGGAAUGACUUAAUUGGUGGAUCUCUGAAGCUGCUCACCACACACAUGCAGCACAUCCCGAAACUGCAGGUCCUCAGUCUCAGUAACUGCAGACUAACAAGUGCAGAUGUUUCAGCCCUAGGUGAUGCCAUUCCAUUUCUUCCUCAUCUUGAAGAAGUAGAUUUAUCCUAUAACAACUGUUUAGGAGGGAAUCUGUUUCAUCUCACCCAGAAACUGAAACCUGGCUGCAAUCUUAAAAUUCUCAAAUUCAUGGAUUGCAACCUAAUUGCAGAAGAUGGGAGCUCUUUGGGAAAUGCUUUGUCUGUGAUUCCUAAACUAGAAGUCUUGGAUCUUUCCAUGAAUAAAGAUGUCGGAAGUGGUUUGAAAACUCUACCUCAACAAUUAAAGCAUUUGUCUCGUCUGCAGAAGUUAAAGUUGCACAUGUGUGGACUUAAAUCGGAUAUUCUCCAGGCUUUAGUCAUUACACUUGGACACUUAUCUGAUCUGACGGAGCUGGAUUUCUCCUGUAAUAAGAAUGUUGGAGGAGCUUUCAACGAGGUAGGGACCGAGCUGCUGAACCUCACCAAGCUGUGUGUGCUGGAUGUCCAUCAGUGCUCAUUAACCAAAGAGGAUAUCUCCAUUUUGACCCAGGUCAUUCCACUGCUGGCUAAUCUUCAAGUACUGAACUUAGCAUUAAACAAGCACAUAGGAACUGCUGAACAAUUGUUUGCCCGACUUCGCUUUUUGCCUAAAUUAAAAGAUUUCAUCGCCAGCAACUGCAGCCUAACCAAAGACUCGAUUACAGAGCUAGCUGACACAAUUCCAAAUCUUACCACACUGGAGAUGUUGGACCUUUCCUGGAAUAAGUGCCUCGGUGGGAAUAUUAAGCUGUUGGCUGAGGUGUUCCAAUAUGUGACUCAUCUUCAAGUGUUGAGGCUGAGUAGCUGCAAUCUGACCAUCCAAGACCUGGCAGCACUAGUGUCUGUCUCCUGUGCUGGACAUUUGCCAGAAUUACAGAUGUUGGAUUUAAUGUACAAUGGUACUAUCGAUGAUCAAUCGUGGGGCACAUUCUUCCAGGAAUUGACCGGUCUCAACAGCCUCUUGGAGCUGGACAUUAGCCUUCAGCCUUCGACUCGGCGAGAUUCCAGCCCUUGGUUCCCAGCUCUACUGGAUAGUCUGUCCAGAUUUCCCUCUCUCACACAUCUGGGAAUGCAACGAUGGACUUUCAGCACCAUUCAGAGAGAAUUCCUCCAUGCUUUUAAUCAACAGAAUAAGAGGAACAUCCAUUUUGAGUAUUGUUACUCACCACUCUUACCUCCACCAGAAGGAAAAUAUUCACGAAACAGAUGAGCUUCUAAAUUCAGAUUCAAAUUGCUCUUUAAUUUUCUUAUUGUUUAAAAUAAUACUCCAGACCACAUUUCUGUUAAAUCCCAGUUUUUCAGGUGCAAAAUUUGAAGGUCUUAGCUUUAACAUGUCGUGGUCUUAAAAUUUAAAAUUGUGCAGAAUUUUGGAAAAUUGUUGAACUCUUGGAAGUUAUUUUUUCCAUUGUUCAUAAAAGAAAUGCUUCCGAAUUAAAACUGAAUUUACAAAUAUUCUAAAAUUCUGCACAAUUUUAAAGUCUAAAAUAAUAAUCCAAUGGUUGUUGAAGUUUAGAUUUUUUGUUAAAUCAAAUAUUUUAUCUCUAGAAAUCUCAACCUUCUCUGAACUAUGUAAGAAUCCCCUGAGCUGGUUUCUUUCAUUUACCUGCACAUUCCAAAGUUGAGUGAUCACAGGUUGAAGCAAAUGGAAAAUAUGAUUUGUUUUGGAACCUUAGUAGAUACAGGACAAGAUUACAAAGCUUAAUAUCAGCACCGUUGUGUUGUCUAUUUCUGCUACUCCAGUAAACGUAUAAUUUACAGUAGUCCAAUGUUAUGCUUAAAAGUACUUUAUAUAGGAAUAAAUCUAUUUUAAUUUUUUUCACAAGAAACAAUAUAACAGUGUUGUCGUCUCAGGGACAUUGAUUUAGAAGUAAAAGAGCUGUGCUCACCAUUAUCUAACUCCAUUAACGAUCACUGUUUAGCUGCAUUCCUGCAGACAAUCUAUCUGUUUUAUUAACCUCCAUUGUCUGGCUGAGAUUUUAUUAAUUGAACGUUUUGCUGCAUUUUAUGCACCAAAUUUAUGCACUAGCUUUAUCAUAAAAGUUUGGUCGGAAAAUUAAAAAUGUUAUUUUGUGAAA